AUGUCAACAGAAGAAGUCUCCCACCUAUUCCUGCACAUUGAUGAUAGCAAAUCUGUCACAAGAGCUACCUACUUCUUCUCUCCUUCGAUGUCUUCGCCCACCGCAGUUUCUCAGGAAGGUAGUGUCUCAAAGGACCAGGAAGAGCAAGUCGGUGAACGAGCAAGCGAAAGCGAGCAGCCGCGAGGACCUCAAAACCCACGGACCCAAAGGCCUGUCCCCGAGGAAAAGGCCGCGGGCGACACCGGGACUCGAUACUCCAAGGCACAACGAGUGCAGACCCUCACAUUACUCUCUCUGGGCUGGACGCCUCGGCAAGUUGAGGACAUGAUCAAGGUGCCGGCACCGCAGGCCAGGAGGAUUUUUCGGAAAGCCAAAGAACGCGGAUACUGUCCACGCGAGGAUCCUCGCAUUCUUGAUCACUAUGUUGAAGACGGUUUGAUAACAGGAAGGCCAAAGAAGACUACACAAACACCAUCUGAGGUAGAACAACGGCUUGUUAAUCUGGUUGUAGAAGACACGCCAGGUAGAGAGAAAUCGAGCGACGUCCCAGCCUAUGGAACAGGUGUCAAGACAGUUCAUCAGUCUAUCUUGCGACUUCCUUCACCGACAUAA